AUGAAGAAGGAAAUCAAAUCAUCUGUACCUAAAAUGCUUAACAGGAACUGGGUUUUAAAGCGCAAACGUAGAAAACUUCCUAUAGGACUGGAUCAGUCCUCUGGUAAAGAGCAAUCCAAUGGUAAAGAAGAUAAUUCGGUAGCAUCUGAUUCUUCUAGGAAUGCUUCAGCCAAACGUAUGCUAAAGACUGAAGAAGGCACUUCUCAGCAUUCAUCUAAGAAGAAGGGACAUGAUGGGUAUUUCUAUGAAUGCGUGAUCUGUGAUCUUGGUGGCAACUUAUUGUGCUGUGAUAGCUGUCCUCGCACUUAUCAUUUACAGUGUCUUGACCCUCCUCUUAAGCGCAUACCUAUGGGGAAGUGGCAAUGUCCAAGCUGCUUUGAAGAAAAUGAUCAAAUAAAGCCCUUAAAUAACCUGGAUUCAAUUUCAAAACGAGCGAGGACGAAGACUGUACCUGUAAAAUCAAAAGCUGGAGUUAACACCCUCAACCUGGAAAAGGUUUCUGGAAUUUUUGGAAAUAAGCAUAUUUCAAAAAAAAGGUCAAGCAAAGCAAAAUCUAUUUCAACUAUGGGAGGAAAAUUCUUUGGAAUGAAACCACUGUCUUCCCCAGUGGAUGCAACUUGUAGCGACAAGCUAACGGACCCAUCUCAUGAAAGUUGCAUGGAAGGAACUUCAUCAUGCAUGGAUGCUGAUGAGAAGAACUUGGACUUGUCCCCAACAGUCGCACCUUUUGACACGAUGUCAGCUUCACCAGAUAAGGAAGUUUUGUCGCCUUCUAAAAUUUCUAAUUUAGAUACAAAUGAUGACCUGCUGGAGGAGAAGCCUAGUUUAUCUGGUGAUAAAAUUCCUUUUAGAAAAACACUUGUUCUUGCUAUUACUGUUGGUGGAGAGGAAACACGGAAAAGGAAACUUAAAGUUAUUAGUGAUAAUGCUAAUCAAAAGAGGCGUAGGACUGAAAAGGGGAAACAAUUUGCCAUUGCUUCUAUAAAGUCAAAGUCUGGAAAUAAUAAAACACACAAGAAGCAGAAGUCCAAAACACAGAAAAUUUCCACAUCUAUAUCAAAAGGGGAUGUUGGAGAAAAGAAAUCUGAUGCCCAGCGGAAAGUUAAGAAGUACUCUCAGGCAAUGAAAGUCACGUCAAAUGAACAUGAUAAAGUAGGAAGCCACUUGGACGGAACUUUAAUGCAUGAUGACAGUACUAUUCUUGAAUCUUUGCAGGUUGAUCGAGUCUUAGGGUGUCGAAUACAAGGCGAGAACACAAACUUAGUACGGCACUUAUCCUUGAAAGUUGGGGAUGAUUCACCUUCCGACGAUCUGGUAAUGUCAGAAAACCAGACAAGGCUAGUAGAAGAUAAUUCUGCUUGUGAUAAUGUUGUCGGCAUUGAAAUAGCUGAAGAUCUUGUUGAUGAUCCUCAAAAUGUCAAAAGUUCUGAUGAAGGAAGGUUGAAAGACACUGAUAGAGUGGAAAAUAUUCAUGUAAACAGGAGAUUAACAACAAAGGAAAGUAAGAAUGGUGAUCUCACAAAUUCCUUGAGUAAAGCCACUGAUGAUUUAGAUUCAUGUGUUAAGGAUGGUACAGAUCAGGAUGAUUAUGCUGUAUCUGCUGAACAGUUGGAAAAGGAAAAUGACAAGUUGGAGACGGGGGAGAAUCUUAAUGCUGUUUUAAGAGGGGACGGCAACAACGAGCUUCCAAAAAAUUGUGAAAUGCAUGAUUCUCUUAAAACUGAACCAAAGGGAAUGGGUAGCAGUGUUGAUAAUAAAGUUCAGGAUGCUAUUAGGGUUGAAUCUGCAUGUCCAAAUGGAGAGAGAGUUUCCUAUGAAUUUUUAGUUAAGUGGGUAGGAAAGUCUCAUAUUCAUAAUAGUUGGAUUUCUGAAUCCCAUUUAAAAGCUAUUGCAAAGAGAAAACUUGAAAAUUACAAGGCAAAAUAUGGAACGGCUACAAUAGAUAUUUGUGAAGAACAGUGGAAGAAUCCUGAGCGGUUGCUUGCUAUUCGCACUUCCAAACAUGGAGUAUCUGAAGUAUAUGUUAAGUGGGCUGGAAAUCCUUAUGAUGAGUGCACUUGGGAAAGUUUAGAUGAACCUGUGCUUCAAAAUUCUUCUCAUUUGAUUACACGCUUUAAAAUGUUUGAAACUCUCACAUUGGAAAGGGAUGCAUCAAAGGAAAACUCAACUAAAAAAAGCAAUGACCGUCUAAGCGAUGUAGUUAGUCUUGUAGAGCAACCUAAAGAGCUAAAAGGGGGUUCUUUAUUUCCCCAUCAGCUUGAGGCUCUGAACUGGUUGCGUAAAUGCUGGUAUAAGUCCAAGAAUGUGAUACUUGCUGAUGAGAUGGGGCUUGGGAAAACAAUAUCUGCUUGUGCUUUUAUUUCAUCUUUGUAUUUUGAAUUCAAAGUUUCACGUCCUUGUUUGGUUCUGGUACCUCUUGUCACUAUGGGCAAUUGGCUCGCUGAGUUUUCGUUAUGGGCUCCAGAUGUUAAUGUUGUUCAAUAUCAUGGCUGUGCAAAAGCAAGAGCCAUAAUUCGACAGUAUGAAUGGCAUGCAAGUGAUCCAAGUGGACCGAAUAAGAAAACAGAAGCCUAUAAGUUUAAUGUGCUUUUAACCUCAUAUGAAAUGGUUCUUGCCGAUUAUCCUCAUUUUCGGGGAGUUCCUUGGGAAGUUCUUGUUGUUGAUGAGGGCCAUCGACUGAAGAAUUCACAAAGUAAGUUGUUCAGCUUGCUAAAUUCAUGCUCUUUUCAACAUCGUGUUCUGUUGACAGGCACCCCUCUCCAGAACAAUCUUGGUGAGAUGUACAACUUGCUUAAUUUCUUACAGCCAGCAUCAUUUCCUUCCCUCUCUUCAUUUGAGGAGAGAUUUAAUGAUCUUACGUCUGCAGAGAAAGUUGAUGAAUUGAAAAAACUAGUUUCUCCUCAUAUGCUUCGUAGACUUAAAAAGGAUGCCAUGCAAAAUAUUCCUCCCAAGACAGAAAGAAUGGUUCCUGUUGAGUUAUCAUCCAUCCAAGCUGAAUAUUAUCGGGCAAUGCUUACAAAGAAUUAUCAAGUAUUGCGAAAUAUUGGGAAAGGUAUUGCUCCGACAUCUAUGCUGAACAUUGUGAUGCAACUGAGGAAGGUCUGCAAUCAUCCAUAUCUCAUACCAGGAACUGAGCCUGAUUCUGGAUCUGUCGAGUUCCUUCAUGAAAUGAGAAUAAAGGCUUCAGCAAAGUUGACACUUUUGCAUUCUAUGCUAAAGAUUUUGUAUAGGGAAGGUCAUAGAGUUCUUAUUUUCUCUCAAAUGACAAAACUUCUUGACAUCCUGGAGGACUAUUUGAACAUAGAAUUUGGGCCUAGAACAUUUGAGAGAGUGGAUGGCUCUGUGUCUGUAGCAGAUCGUCAGACAGCAAUUGCACGCUUCAACCAAGACAAAAGUCGAUUUGUUUUCUUAUUAUCCACUAGGUCAUGUGGACUUGGGAUAAACUUGGCCACUGCUGACACUGUCAUCAUCUAUGAUUCUGAUUUCAACCCUCAUGCAGAUAUCCAAGCAAUGAAUCGAGCACACAGAAUUGGGCAAUCAAAUAGACUUUUAGUAUACCGACUUGUGGUUCGCGCCAGCGUUGAAGAGCGCAUCUUGCAGCUUGCUAAAAAGAAAUUGAUGCUUGAUCAGCUUUUUAAAGGUAAAUCUGGGUCUCAAAAAGAGGUAGAAGAUAUUUUAAAAUGGGGAACGGAAGAACUCUUCAAUGAUUCUUGUGGCCUGAAUGGAAAAGAUACAAGUGAGAAUAAUAAUAGUAACAAAGAUGAGGCAGUAGCAGAUAUAGAACAUAAGCAUCGGAAGAGGACUGGUGGACUUGGUGAUGUAUAUGAGGAUAAGUGUACAGAGAGCAGCAGCAAGAUUUUAUGGGAUGAAAAUGCCAUUUUAAAAUUGCUUGAUCGUUCUAACCUUCAAGACGGUUCAACAGACAUUGCCGAAGGGGAUUCUGAGAAUGAUAUGCUGGGCUCAAUGAAGGCCCCUGAGUGGAAUGACGAACCGACUGAAGAACAUGUAGAGGGUGAGUCCCCUCCUCAUGGAACUGAUGACAUGUGUACACCAAACUCUGAGAAGAAAGAGGAUAAUGCAGUGAUUGGCGGUGAAGAAAAUGAAUGGGACCGACUAUUGCGUUUGAGGUGGGAGAAAUAUCAGAGUGAGGAGGAAGCUGUUCUUGGUCGAGGGAAGCGACAGAGGAAAGCUGUUUCAUAUCGAGAAGCAUACGCUCCACACCCAAUCCAAGCAGUGAGUGAGAGUGGUGGUGAGGAGGAAAAAGCACCAGAACCUGAGCGCGAAUACACACCAGCCGGACGGGCCCUGAAGACAAAAUUUGCUAAACUCCGUGCUCGGCAGAAGGAACGACUUGCUCAGAGGGAUGCAGUUAAAGAAUCACAUUCUGCUGAAGGACUUCCAGGUACUGAGUCACUCAUGCAUCCGCCAUUGAUAGCCAAAGAUGUAGAUCUAGGAGCUGAGCCGAUACAUUCAGUUCAAGAAGGAACUUCUAUCAACAUAGAGGACAACAAAAAUAGUCUACUUUCAGAAGCUCAAAAUAUUAACACUGACUCCUUAUCAAGGAUCGAAAAGCUUUCAAAAAAUAAAAUGAGACAUCCCUUCAAUAUUUCUGGCAAUAAUCCAGGCCGACCUUUACCCGAACUUUUGCCUUCAAACUACCACAACAGGGGGAGGAUUAACGUGACAAACUCUAUGCCGAGCAACAAUUUGUUGCCUGUUCUAGGGCUCUGUGCUCCUAAUGCUAAUCAAAUAGAAUCAUCAGAGGGUAACACUUCAAAGUUAAACUGGAGACAAAAUAGGCACGGAGCCAGACAAGAGUUUCCAUUCAGCCUCGCCCCUUGCACCGGGACAUCCAUGGAUGCUGAGGCAAGAAGUAAGGAAAAUGCAGCAAAUACCAAACUGUUGGACGCAUCAACAGAAAAUUUACAAAGUUUCAGAAAUAGCAUCCCCGAUAACUUUCUCCCAUUUCUUCCGUUUCCACCCCCUGUGCAAGGAAAGGAAUCUGAUGCAUUUGAAAGUCCGGGUGCUAGAUUCUCUGCUUUCCAGGAGAAAAUGGCCCUGCCAAAACUGCCUUUCGAUGAAAGGUUUCUGGCGAGAUUUCCACUCACAACAAAGAACAUUCCAAAUUCACAUCCGGAGCUCUUACCUAAUUUGUCGUUAGGAGGCAGACUUGAAGCUCUGAAUGGAUCUAUGCAAGACCUCCCAACAUUACCUAAUUUUAAAAUGCCCCCAGAAGAUUUAUUUAGAUAUAGUCAGCAAGACAGGGAUGUUCCGCCCACCUUGGGUUUAGGACAAAAGCCAACGUCACUAUCAUCAUUCUCCGAAAACCAUCGGAAAGUUCUUGAAAACAUAAUGAUGAGAACUGGGUCUGGACCAAAUAGUUUAUUGAAAAAGAAGUCAAAAUCAGAUGGUUGGUCUGAAGAUGAACUUGAUUCCCUCUGGAUCGGUGUUCGCAGGCAUGGAAGGGGUAAUUGGGAUGCCAUGCUCAGAGAUACCAAGUUAAAGUUUUCAAAGUAUAAAACAUGCGAAGAUUUAUCAGUGAGGUGGGAGGAGGAACUAGUAAAGGUCUUUCAGGGGCCAGCUUUUCCUGUGCAAAGAUCAUCUUCCAAGACAACCAAGUCUUCCAAAUCUUCACAUUUUCCAAUCUCUGAUGCAAUGAUGGAAAGGGCCUUGCAAGGUAGCAAAUUUAUUUUACCGCCAAAAUUUCAAAACCAUCUGACUGACAUGAAAUUAGGAUUAGGUGGUCCUGCUGCAUCUGGUCUUCCACAUUUUAGAACAAUGGAUCGACCUAGUCUGCAAAAUGAUCACUUUGCACCUCUUCCGUCUUGGAGCCAUGAUACGAGCAGAGCAAAAUUUCUUGAUGAUGCUUCUGCUGAAACAACUGAUAGACCAGGAACUUCUUCCAAUGUGCUGACAGAAAGACCAUUUCUACUCAAUUCUUUUGGAACAGCCAGCUUGAGUUCUUUAGGUUUGAAUUGCUCAGGCAACAUUAAUAUACAGCAACAGGAGGAUGAGCGUGGAAACAUCAAGCGUGGAAAGAUGCCUGUACUUCCGGAUGAGUCACCGAACGAUGCGCGUGAUUGUAGCAUCAAUGUAGUAAAAGGUGAAUCUACUUGCUCAGGAUUGUUAUCCAACCCUAUUAUACCAGAUCACAUGAACUCAAAAGGGGAGGAAGUAGCUGGAAGUAGUUCUUCAAAAGACAAGCUUCCCCACUGGUUACGACAAGCUGUGAGUUCCCCUGCCAAACUUCCUGAUCCUGAACUCCCUCCCACAGUAUCGGCCAUUGCUCAUUCAGUACGCAUGCUCUAUGGAGAUGAUAAGCCUACAAUUCCUCCAUUUGUGAUCCCUGGACCACCCCCAUCCUUACCAAAGGAUCCCAGGAGUAAUAUCAAGAAGAAAAGGAAGAGAAAAUCACACAAGCCCAAGCUGUUUCUUCCAGAUUUUUGUCCGGACACUCACAGCAGCCACCAUGGUGAUAACGGUGCUUCAAGUUCAACUCCUUUCCCACCACCAUUUCCUCUACAUCCUCCCACAGGGCCUCAGCAGCUUGAAUCUGACCUCAACUUGCCCCCUCUUAAUUUAAAAGGGGCAAACCCAUCACACUUAUCGAAAAAGACAAGCUCGGGACUAUCUCCUUCUCCUGAAGUGCUCCAGUUGGUUGCAUCCUGUAUUGCUCCUGGCCCUCAUCUUGAGAGCAAGCUGCCAUUGCCAACAGUUGGCAGAGCCAAAUUCAAAGACUCAGAAGGUGCCUUCAGAAAUAAGAAGCCGAGACAGAUAUCACCAGAAAAUUGGUGUUCAUCUGAAGAACAUAAAGUAGAACAAGCCCCUGAUAGUGGAGAUUCCAGCAAGACUCAGUCAGAUCCCUCCAGGGUUGAGCAGCCCCAUGGAGGGGAAGCAUCUUCUGAGGGAACUGUCUCGGAUCAUGCUGUGAGGGAUCAGGAAACGGAACUGUAG